AUGACACCAUACCUUUCCGGAAAUUUCGAAGGAUACACCACCAGGAAGCAAAGAAACGCAACAACGGAGUGGGAUGUGGAAGAAGACUUCAUCCACCCUCCUGAAAUUGAAAGAAGAGCACCAACACGGAAAAUCAGAUUGGGAGAAUCGAAGGAACAGCAAGUUAAGGUGUCUGUUCCAGCGAAACCCAGUAUGCAACCGGGAUUGGAAGACUUCAAAACAGGAAUCCUCCUAUUCAAAACAAGCGGAGACAACUAUGGAUCGGGAGACAUACACAAAAAGGUUACGAAGGUUCUCCAACCAUCUAAAUUUUAA